AUGGCAACUCUGAACUUUGCUUUGAAAAACAACACUGGGUCAAACAAUGCCUACGCCUACGUCACAGGCUUGGCAAUUGACCAAAACAAUGCGCUGUUUCUUUUGCGAUCCGAUGGCAGGUCGGGAUAUUAUCCCUCCAGGCCAUCUGGCAUUCUGAGCAAUCUUGAAGUUGACUGUGGGAUUUACCUGGGUGCAUCUGGAAGCACCACCAACAUAACCAUCCCGCACCUUGCGGGCGCUCGGCUGUGGUUUGUGCGAGACAACAAACUGACAUUCUAUCUCAACCCCACUCCCACCGGCGCUGCACUGGUAGAGCCCUCGGUGUCUAAUACCUCGGAUCCAAACUACAACCUCAAUUGGGCUUUCUGUGAAUUCACUUGGAACAGCGCCCAGCUCUAUGCCAACCUGAGCUAUGUCGACUUCGUGUCCCUCCCCAUCGCCAUGACCUUGACAAAUGCAUCUGGCGGGACCCAGACUGUCCGAGGCUUGCCCUCCAACGGGCUAGACCUUGUAUGCAAUGGUCUCAGGGAUCAGAACAACAGAGACCAUGCCGGCUGGGAUCAACUUAUUGUCCAACGCAACGGUGUCAAUCUUCGAGCCUUGUCUCCAAACCUGGGGAGGGUGAUGAACAACUCUCUUUUCAACAACUAUUAUGAAAAUUAUGUCAAUGACGUCUGGAACUACUAUGACAACAACACCAACAAUAUGUUGACCAUCAAUACCCAAGCCGCAGCCGGGGAUAUCACUGCCAAAUGUUCCUCGGGCGUGAUGUAUACCUCGGUUCAAGGUAUUUCUUAUGGCAAGCCUUCUACUGCCGAUAUUUUCAGCAAUAGCUCUGGGCCUUUCGCUGCCUCUGGAAACGGCACAAGGGACGCCGUCACUGCACGACUCGCCGCUGCUUUCAAUCGGUCGACCUUGCUACUGAACAAAAACCAGCCCAAUGGAGAGUCGGUCUCUAGGUAUUAUAAUACUGUCCCAACAAACCACUACUCACGUAUAUGCCAUUCAGUGAGCCUAGACGCACGGGGUUAUGCAUUCCCCUUUGACGAUGUCUCGCCAAAUGGAGGAAUCGACCAGUCAGGAAGUGUUUAUGAUGGCAAUCCGAGUCUUUUGACUGUGACUGUUGGUGGUAACUGA